GGCCCUUUGGUCUAUUUGUUUCUCUGUCUACGGUUUUGAUAGAGUUUGACUGUUGAGUUUAACUAGAUUUUCACAUGGAAGUAUUAAUUUUAUUCAAAAUAAGAUGUAUUUGUAUAAGGAAAGUUAACAAUCUAUUUAAGCCUUAUAACCAAUUAUAAAACCGCAUUAAGCUCGUACACUAAAUAAAUAAUUUGAUACCAUGGAGGUCAUGGACUUAGUAGCACGUUUUGAGAAUAUUGAAGAUUUUAGUGAUCCUACUUUAAUUGAUGAUUUACAAAUGGUCUUAGAACAAAUUCAAGCCGAAGACGAAGAGUUCAUGCAGAUACUCUUGGAUAAAAGAGAAAGCAUGAUUGUUACUUGGGAACAACCCUGGUAUCAAGAGACAAACUGCCUUACUAGACCGCUUAAAGUAAAGGAUGAUAAUAAUUUGUCUCAGAAUUAUCGAACAGAUACCAUUUGCUCUGAAGAAAGUGAAUUAAUAUCUAAAAACUGGAAGGACUUUCGAAAGACUUAUGGUAUUCCAAAUAAACCAGCAUGCCUUGCACGGUGGAGAAAUAAAGAUAAAUCACGCCGCCCGAAUACACCAGAGGAAUUAGUGAGAAGAUUUGUAAUGGCAUAUCUAGCACGUGGUUUAAAUAGAACUAUCUAUCAAGUAUACAAAUUUUUUAUAACCCACUAUGGCAAUAGGUUUAAAGGACGAUAUUCGACAUAUGAGAAGAAAAUUAUGAUUGUUUGUAUGUACCACAAUCCCAAAAAUAUGGUACCAUAUUUGUCAGCUGUGCUUGGACGAGAACCAAGGGGAAUUUAUAAGAAAUUGCUUCAACUUAGUAAUGGAAAAAAAACUGAGAGGAAAAACUUCAAAUGGACAUUGCCCUUGUGUACAAAAUUUUUAAAACUCCUGUUACAAUACACUGGAAAUCCAUUAGAAAAAUUGCAAAACAAAAAAAUUGACACAUCAAUAUGGGUACAACUUGAAGAAACUAUGGAUAAAGAACAUAUAAAUUUACAAAUGUUUUGGUACAACAGUUUACAUGUCCAACUAUUUGUUAGAUCUGAUGUAAAACUGAAUAAACUUAGGAGGAAAAUUUUAAAAAAAUUAGAGCUUUAUCCUUACAAAAUUUGGUCUGACAUUAGAUGGAAAGAAAUUGUCAAGCAUUUUCCGGAUGGCUUCACUCAUGGUUUUUUGUAUAAAACAACUGCAAAUAUAUUUAGAAAAUACAAAGAUUAUCGCCAAACUCCUUUACAAAAACUAAUAGAAUAUGGUCUGCAAAGAAUUAAAACAAUGCCUAACAAAAGAUUAAAAACUUUAGUAUUCAAUGAAAAGCAAGAACUAGAAAUUAUUAGUUAUAAAAAGUAAUUUGGAUUCAAUUGCAUCAAUUAAUUCAAACAAAAAUAUUGUUUUUUCUCUUGAUCACAUUACUAGUACAAUAGGUAUCCUAAAAUCAAUAACGAUUUCAAUCAGAAAAGACAUAGCAUUAUUGCAAUGUAAGCUUCUAACGACAGAAAGAGAAGCUUAAUAAACAAUUAUCCCUAAUUGAUAUGACAGAAUAAGUCAUAAUCUAGGUAUUCCUUAUGUAUUCGUUCACAGAUCACAGAUAAAUUUUAAGUGAAAUAUAGGUCCUAAUCAAAACUGUUUGUAGUAUAUAUAUAGCAAAACUAUUAACAAAUCACAUGGAUUAUGU